CUCAGCGCUGAUUGGCUCGGUUGGUAUUCACAGGGGGCGGGGUUAUUGACUAGGAGAGUUCCCAGACCCUUAGAGGAGGAGUCUGGCAGGCCAGGCUAACGCGUGUCAGCUUUGUUUCCAUGUUAGUGUCUCCUUAUUCUGAACGGUGGCUGAGAAGUGAAAAGAGGAACCGAUUCUUUAUUUUGAUGCCGGCAUUCUGAGCCAACUCUGCUACCCGGCAACAGCCAAUCACAGAGCAGCUUUAAAACACCAACUGUCUGCCUGGGAGUCUGCUCUGAGCAGGAAAGGAGAUGUGGACCCUGCAGUAAAAUCAAGCCUUGAAGGCUAUUUAACAAACGGAUGAUCGUUUUGGUUCUGAUCGGUUCUGGGAAACUAAAAAUAAUGGACCACAACUUUCUGCCUAAGCAAAAGGGCAGAAGAUGGAGCUCAGGUUCUCACUUACAUGCACAAAAAAAAAAACCAAAAGCCGGUUUUAAAAACUUUUCGUCACAUCACAAAAAAAAAAAUCGCCAUUUCUGCAGGCGAGACUCUUUUCCUUCAGUUUCUGAAAUCAGCUGAUUCAUGUGGGCCCGGAGCCGGCAGCCAGACCCGCCCGGAGCCCAACACCAGAAUUUCAUCAAAGCAGAAACCAGAAUCUCUGCUUCCUGCAGCCAAUCGCGUAAUCAGACUGAAGUAUGGAACCAAACCGGUCGGACCAGAACCGGCUCCAGACUGGAAGCUUCAGAGGAAACCUCCAGUUCUGCGGUCUCGCUGCUGGAGGUCUGAAAUCACCUCGUUUGUUUUUCUGUUUUAAAUGAAGACUGAAUGAAAGCGGCGACAGAAGCAGCUUCAGCAGGUUCAGCUGAACGGGACGCGCGUGGGUUUCAUCACCUUCAACACCACAGCUCCAGAUUAUCAUCAGAGACGGACCUCGUGUCCUCACCAAGACUCGAAGACACACGGUCAAGAUCAAGAAAACGGACAAAACCUCUCCGCACCACCUCCAGCAGCUCUUAACUCAUGCAAACGGGAAGCAUUUUCCUGUUAUUCAGGAUGGAAGUUCGACCUGUGAGCCCGUCCUGCACCAGCAGCCCUGCGACUGUCCAAUCAGAAUCUAACGACUAUGUCUGAGGAAGUGCAGCUGAAGGCUUGAGUCGUGGAAGCAAGAAUUCCCAAUCCAGAUCCCACCUGGAUGCAUCUGUGCAGACGUUUUCCAGAAACAGACUUGGGAAGCAUCUCAUCUCACUCCUUUUACUUUUUAUUUUUACUUUAGAAUAAUCCUCCUCUGGAAAUAAUCCUUUGGCUCAAAUGACAACUUUUCUAAAUAUCUUAUUUUUUCAGAUUCACGCAAAGAAACAUCUAAAAAACACAGAAAUCCACUUAUUUCUGUUAGUUUCGCACAUUCCUGAUUUUACAGGAGAUUCAUUUUAACAUCAAAUCGACACAAUCAGAGCAGAAACGCUCAGAAUGAGUCUCCCUGAAGAAGCGUCUGAUGACAGCCAUCGGACGGAGACCGAGCUGGAGGAGGGCGAGGAACGGGACCUCCAGGAGCUGAGCAGCAAACGCGUUCAGACGGAGACAAGGACCAUCAGCCCCCUGACGCUCUUCAAAGAAGACUUCAACCAGCUCAAAGAGGAAAUGGGGAGAAAGUUUAAAGUCAAGGUCGCAAAUCCGACCACGGAGAAGCUGGUUAGGCCUCUGAGUCUGAGUCAUCUCAAAGAGGACCUGAACCAGCUCAAGGAGGACAUCUCCAGUGUCUUCAGAAUCAACGUUUCAAAAGACCAAGAGAAGAAAGACGAACGCCAGCAGGACAACUCCAAAACCUCCAAAACCAACGAGGCCUUCAGGAAUCUGUUCAGGGGGGACAGAACUCCGAAGGCACAAGACACCAAGGAGAGCUUCAGUGGAACCAAGCAGAACCCAAACAUCACGGAGAACAACGUGAGCAAGUCUAGGAACAGAGAGACGAACGGCCCUGAGAGGAGGAGAUGUGCGGAAACACAGCAGAGCUGGAGGACGCCGGCGCCACAGACAGCAGGAGGAGAACUGGAGACUCCAAACGUUGGAAUAAACCUGUUCACGCUGACUCCCAGGGUUCAGACAGCAGGAGACGUGUGGUCGCCUAAAAACUUUGCCACCUAUCUGACCCUUGACCCCAACACCGCCUACCCAGAGCUUCGAUUAGCAGAGGGCAACAGGAAGGCGAUUCGCGACUGGAUGGCGCCUCCACCCCCGGAACACCCGGAUCGGUUUGUGGAGUGUCCUCAGGUCCUGUGCAGGGAGGGGCUACUGGACUCGGUUUACUGGGAGGUGGUGUGGACCGGCGGAGUGGACAUCGGAGUUACCUACAACAGCAUCUCCAGGUACAAGGACACGACCAGCUGCAUUCUGGGACACAACGAGCAGUCCUGGAGUCUGGAGUGCGCAGAGGGAUGCUACACGCCGUGCCAUGGCAACAGGAGGUUCAAGUCCGUCUCACCUGAACCCUUCAGCCACAGGGUCGGGGUGUACCUCAACUGGCCUGCAGGAACUCUGUCCUUCUACUGCAUCUCUCAGGACGCCAUGGUUCACCUGCACACCUUCAGCUCCACCUUCUCAGAGCCGCUGUACCCUGGAUUCUGGGUGUGGUCCUUAGACGGCUCUGUGGCGCUGUGUCAGGUGGAGCUGGAGUGGGAGCGACAGCUGCGGUGAAGCUGCAGAUGUGUUUCUACGUGUGGUGCUCAUGCAAGCUGUUAUUCAGUGAAAGCAGACCAACAGCAGAAUCUGGGAAGUACUGCUCACAAGCGAGUCCAGAACAUGCAGCUGAAGAGUCCAACUAACUCAGAACGCUGCAGAAGCAUCACAGGAUGGUCUGGUUUCUAGAAGGACAGCAAAGAAGAUACAUCGCCCCAAUAAACCGGUGGGGAACAGACUGAAGGUCCGGGGAUCGGACUAGGGUUGUCACGUUAACCGGUGUAGCGUAAACCCCGGUAAAAAAAGUUGACAAAAUAUUAACUGUCUUGUUUUUUAAAACUAUAUUAUCUCGGUGGAUUACCGUGGCUGUGGUGUAGGCGCGGUGACCCUUACCAGCCACCGUAUCAUCGGCUGAAGUUGCCGGCGGCACAUGCGCACUUUGUUGUUUACAACCAAAACUUCCUCGAAGCUAAAGCUGAAAUAAUGGCCAAAGGAGGAGACGGCAGCGCUCAGGAGGACAUUUAUUAUCACUCAGAGAAGACAAAGUGGGAAGUACGGGCAUCUUUUGGAUAUUUGAAGAAUGCCGAGGGACAGCUGAUAGAAGACGGCUAUCCUGUUUGCAGCACGUGCAGAAAAAGUGUCUGUGAAAGGCAGCAACGCUUCAAAUCUCAUGACACAUCUGCGUGACCAUCACCCACAACUCUACAGUCAACGCAAGGCAAGCUAACGUUAGCGCUUUAGCUAAAAUGCGUGAUCAGAGGAUUUGGGUUGAGGGAGAAUGCAACGAGUCGCUAUAUAAAGCAGCCGCAGCGCCGCUACCUGCAUAUAAACCGUGUCGCGGACACCGCCAUGUUGAAAUGACGCUAUGCAUUACGGGGCUCCCAGGGGCAGAUAAGAGUUGGUCUCUCUCCGAGAAUAAUUAUGAAUUUAACAACGAUUACUGCCUGAUGACAUUUUCCCACAUCUGCAAAGCUCACUGGAAGGACACAAACCGAGGACAAUAUUCUCCUGAUAUAGGGUUUAUUACUCAAGUAAGGGUACAAAAGUAUCUGAUUAGAAGGCUACUUGAGUACUGAGUAUCAUCUGGUCUAAUAUUUUUAAAAUGAUGACAUCAAACAGACAUAAAAUAAGAAGUUAUGGGCAAAUAUUGGUAUUUUAAAGACUGAAGGGGAAAAAUGUAAACAAAUAAACAACAUAAUUACAAAAUAACACAUUUUAGGCAAAAUUUAGACACAAACUGAGGACAAUAUUUUCCUGAUAUACAGGGUUUAUGUAGUUGUCUGGAAAUGUAAGAAGUUUUAAAAAAAAGUACCGCGAUAAUACCGAAAACCGUGAUAAUUUUGGUCACAAUAACCGUGAGGUUAUAUUUUCACACCGUGACGACCCUAGAUCGAACUACCGAGGACUGGAUCAUUCAAAACAUCUGGAGAAGAACACGUGAGAGCUCCCAUCAGUCCUGUGUCCUGCACCAGUGAAGCUUCCCGAGACAAUCUGGCAAACUCCAGAAGCUGAACUCUGGUGCUCAGCAGAAGCUGGUGGACAGCAGGUCAGGAUGAGCUACAGAUCAACGAAAACCCCAAAGCAGCAAACGGUGGCAAGUUCAGCAGAUCUGACCUGCAGCUGGGUCUCCUGACUCCCUCGGACCUCCUGCAGCUCCUUCUCCAGCUGCUCCAGACGAGCC